GGGCCAGCUACACGAGAGCAGUCUUAAUCUCCUUCUGCCUACAGAUAUGUUUUCCGUAUCUGAGUUUGAUGUGUACAACCCUGAGCAGUUUACUACUGGAUAAAGAGGGAAUGUGGGCUCAGAAAUCAGGCCAAGGAAAGCUAUACCAGAAAUGAUGCUAAAUCUUUUUGUUCUCUUUUUCUGAAAUUUUGACUCUUGGGGCUUGGAGGCUUUUUGAUCUGGUUCUUCUGGGCUGGACUUCAAAAAUAGUGUAUUUUAAAUAAAAUAUUUAUUUCUCUAAUGAGAUAUGAAAACAUAUUUUAGGUUUGCUUUCUAAGCACACAAACCCAGUUUUCUUUUGCAUAGGCUGGAGCUCAGAGAAGGGCAGUCAGGAGGAAGCAGCUGUUGUGGUGUGGAUGCUAUCUAGUAUAUGUCCAGGACCAAGACCAAAUAUUAAUAAAUAUGACAAUUAACUGAUUAAGCCUUCAAUGUGGGCUUUAGUUUUGCUGUACUUUCUGCUGAUUUUCAUUUCCCCGGUCUGCAUGACCGUUUUUACAAAUGUGCUGGUGUAGGCAUUUAGAGCUCCGUUACCAUUGGUCACAAGACUGCUCUUGGCUUCCCCAGGCAAAACUUCCGUUCUGUUUUGAUAAAUAUGUGGUGGUUUUUGUUUUGUUUCUUCUUUUUCUUUUUUCUGUUUUUAAUUCUUGCCGCUACACUACUUGGAUUCCCAGAGCCUCACCACAGAUCUGGCUUCCUGACAAUAACUGACUUCUAGGUAUUCAAAGCAGGCCAAAAAGAGGCAGCCCAAAUCACCUCAGCUUGGUUAACCAAGCCAAAACAUGGAACACUUGACAAACGUUUUGCCUCUUUUCCUUCUUACCUUCUUAUUUCCAUCCUUUUGCUCUGUGAUGUGCUCUCCCCAUUUCUGUGCCUUGGGGUAAAAUGAUGCUUUUUCUGCCUUUUUCGAUGUUUCAUCUGUUUUCCCUUUGAGGUCUCCUGUUGUCUCUAUGCAGACACAAGAAGGUUUGUACAGUUUCAAGAGGCAGGGAAGUAUCACUGUGUGCAUUUUAGUACUGGUGUUAGCUCCAAGGUUGCGUGAGGACAUGGACUCUAUUUCUAGCUCUGCCCUACCUCUGCCUGACCCAGAUCCCAACAUGCAGCACGGACGUGGUUCAGCUCUGGUGGAGACAACGGCCAACACUUGGAGCUGCCCGAGUGCAGCUCCAAGCUGCACUCUGUCCAGAGAGCACAUGAGCCAGGUUUGAGUGGGGUCCGUGGGGGCUUUCUUCUGAGGUAGUGCAGAAGUGACGGGUGCUGUGGACGGCUUUGGUACUGCUAUAGAAGUCUUUGCUGAAGAAUUAAAGAUCCCAGUGUCAAAGUAGGUGUACCCAUGUGUGAGGUAAGCUGUUAGAAUUGCAAAACAGAGUUCUUAGAAGUUGAAUUUAGAUUUUUUUUUUUUUUUUUUUUUUUUUUACCAGUGAAAAUGAGCUCUGGGGGAAGGUGGGUUGUUGUUUGCAUCUUUUUUGUACAAAAUUAAAAGCAUAUGAGUGGGGGGAUUAGAAGAAUGGUUUCCAGUUGCAGUCAUUCGGAAAAGGCUAAUAUUUAUCCCAUUUCUGCUGCAGGUGUUGCAGUUCUUAAGAACUUGAAUGUCUGUGCUGUGGCAUGCAUUACAAAAUGGCAUACACACUUGGACCAUCCUUCCAGAAGAAGAAUGCCAACAUGAAUAUGAAGUGAACAGUUUGCUGCGCUUGCCACAGCACCUGGGUGCUCACAUCAAAUGGUCAGAGACAGGGACUUGUCUCCUGCCAAACUGCUUCCUCGGACAAGAUGAAGCCAAGGAGGAGCCUUCUGAUGUGCUGGAGCCGCAGUGACUGCUGCCCACUUUAAAAUCGAUGUAAGACUGUGCUCCGGCUGCCUGGCAGGAUGAAAGAAGUGGUGUCGUGGUCACCUGAGGAGGUGACAAAUUGGCUCAUGGAAAAUGCUGUGCCGGAGUACUGUGAGCCAUUGAAAAGCUUCACCGGGCAGGAUUUGAUCAACCUGACGGAGGAGGAUUUCAAGAAGACGCCUCUCUCCCGAGUGUCGUCCGACAGCGGCCAGCAGCUCUUGCACAUGAUCGAGGCUUUAAAAAUGGCUCAUCACAUAGAGGCUCACAAAAAUGGGCAUGUCAACGGGCACAUCCGUGUCAGUGUUAACAGCACCGCACAUGAAAAUGGCUUGAGCAGUAAAACAAAGCUGAACGGAGUGCCAAAUGGUUAUAAGAAGGAGAUGAUAAAGAUCCCCAUGCCAGAGCCAGAGCGCUUGCAGUAUCCCAUGGAAUGGGGCAAAACUCUCCUGGCUUUUAUUUAUGCACUUUUUUGUUUCAUCUUUACCACAGUGACUAUCUCAGUUGUUCACGAACGAGUGCCUCCCAAGGAGGUGCAGCCUCCCCUACCAGAUGCAUUUUUUGAUCGUUUUGAUCGGGUGCAAUGGGCCUUUUCUAUUUGUGAAAUUAAUGGCAUGAUCCUUGUAGGACUGUGGUUUGUUCAGUGGCUGCUGUUAAAAUACAAGUCUAUAAUUGGCAGAAGGUUUUUUUGUAUAGUUGGCACACUAUACCUGUAUCGGUGUAUUACAAUGUAUGUAACUACACUCCCAGUACCUGGAAUGCAUUUCAAGUGUUCUCCAAAGCUUUUUGGAGACUGGGAAUCUCACCUGCGAAGGAUAAUGAAGCUGAUAGCUGGCGGAGGAUUGUCCAUCACAGGAUCCCACAACAUGUGCGGCGACUAUCUGUACAGCGGGCACACCGUCAUAUUAACUCUCACAUACUUAUUUAUCAAAGAGUAUUCCCCACGGCGACUCUGGUGGUAUCACUGGCUUUGCUGGACACUCAGCAUGGCUGGGAUGUUCUGCAUCCUCCUUGCUCAUGACCACUACACUGUGGACGUGGUGGUGGCUUACUACAUCACUACAAGACUUUUCUGGUGGUAUCACACAAUGGCCAACCAGCAAGUGCUAAAAGAAGCUUCCCAAACCAACCUCCUUGCAAAGGUCUGGUGGUACAAGCCUUUCCAGUACUUUGAAAAGAAUGUCCAAGGAAUUGUACCUCGCUCCUACCACUGGCCCUUCCCCUGGCCGGUGCUGCACCGGGGCAGGCAGGUGAAAUACAGCCGGCUGGUGAAUGACACAUAGCAGCGUGUUGGUGGACAGAGGGGGAAAGGGCCCGUCCCAAGUGCUAAGAACUCCAUGCAAGAAGAUGCCAUAAAAAAAAACAACAAAGCAACCCCAACCCCUCCCUAACCCUUUCUUUUAACAGCUCCCUUGACUUAACCUAUUCAGUUACCUGGUAAGCACUGUGAUCUUUUUUUUCCUCUCCAAAGGAUCUGCGUUGGACAACAAUAAAGAGAAUUUAACUUAUCACGCACUGUUAUACAUUUCUUGUUAAUAGAUUUGGGAUUUCCAUUACCCAUCACCGUGUUCCUUUGUAUAUGAUGCGACAGCAUAAAUGAAAGCUUUUAUACCAUAAGUUCUGGUCUUUCCAGUCACGUCUGGGAAUAAUGCGUAUUAUUUUCUUGGGAAAACAUACUUUUCAUAUCUCUUGCCCCAAAGAUUGGGCUGUAAGCCAUUUUCUAGCUAAUGACUCUAUGAAGGUUUCUGAUACCUGCCUCGGGUAAAUCGAGAAAUCUUUCUACCUGUUGCACCGCGAUACAAGCGAGAUGAUAGACACAGGAAGGUUUGCUAAUCUUGGUUUUGUAGAAUCUGCAGUGACUGUGUCAAAAAGUGCAAAAAAAAAAAAAAAAGAAAAAAAAAAAGUUGUAAAGUGAUUUUCUAAGUAUUUCCUAACUUUAUUUUUCAAAAUGUGUAUGAAAAUUAAAUUUGAAAAGAUUUUUACAUGUCAGAGAAUAGAGAGUUAAAAUUUAAAGAAAAUGCUUCUUGGGAGAGAGAGAUUUGUCUAUGUUUCUAGUGCCUUUCUUGUCUUGAUUGUAUGGUCAGUAGGCAGUCUUAAAUGUUUUUAUUUAAAAUAAAGUAUUCCAUGAAAGCAGAAAUAUAUAUACUGUAUAAUUACUAAUUUUUGCAUUUAUAGCUAAAUUAAACUGGAAAUUUGCUUAUAAUGUUGAAAUUGCCAUGGGUAGGGAUAAACCAAAAAAGAAGGGUCAGAUCUUGUUCACACAUUGUGAGCAGAUCGUACUAAAAGAAAUUACUUUAUUGUCUACUUGGUAGCUGUGUUUUAAUAAGAAAACAGCCAUGAAUUCCUGUUUUUUAAGAAUUUUACAAAUGAUCACUGAGUGAACUACAAAUGGUUUCUCCAUCCCAUAUUGAGCUGUUGUUGGAAAAACAACAAAGAUAAUCUAUUUCUUUAAAAUAUUUGUGCAGAAACUGCAUGUAACUAUAAGUUUCACUCCUACCAUACAUACUGUAUGUCUGGGGAAGUAUUCUAUCCUAAACUUGCCAAUGUGCAGAACAAAAUAGUUUUUUUU